UCACGUGUUUUCAUUGAAGAAUGUCGCGCUAAUUGGCAUAAUUUUUUUUAUUCAAGUUUUUUUUAUUCGUUUUUUUGUGUUUUUAUUUGUUCAUUUGGAUUACAUCGGGCUGCAGGUGCAGGUCAAAUAAAAUUGAUUGACAAAUUUUUGGUAUUUGUAUCCAUGUUUCCGCGGAAAAAUGUGAAAAUUCGAGGAAUUCAUACGCAAUUCAGUCGCUCUGGAAAAAGAUGCUUGGAUACCCUUAAUGAAAAAAGGUCCACUGGAGUGGAAAGGACCGACUUUUAUUGCCAAAGACUGUCUCUCGAAAAAUACACAACCCAGAGGGGAUUAGUGAUAUCAUCCCGGAGGAGGUAGACACGAAUAAAAGGUGACACAAAGGGAGAAUACAUCGGUGGCUUUUCCAAUGGAAACAGGGCCAGUGCGAGAGAAAAUAAAACGAUUCCGUUUUCAUCAGUGCAAAUAAACAAAACAAUUUAGCGGGGAUAAAUCGGUGUCGAUCGGGAAUUUGGACGGUUGCCCAACGUGAUUGCGCAACGGGUUACAGUGCGUUCAUGUGUGGUAUUAGUGCGGUGGUGGGUUUGAAAGAGGAAGGAAGUGUUUAUUAAAAUCUACGGUGUCCAUCUAAUCCACCGGGUGUAACGACUCCAACGUUUACGUGUCAGGAACGAAAACUAUGCGGUACGAUGAGGGGGCCAAGAAUCGGUGGCCUACCGAGUGCGACAGAGUUGGAGAUGAGCCAGAUGAGGGCACGAAUUUAUAUCGUCAUCGUAGCAUUCUUCGUUAUUCAUCCAAACACUUCGAUAUCUGCGCCUCUGGAGGAUCCCCUGGUGUGGCGGGAGCGAGUGCAGGAUGUCGAGGUGGCUCAAGAUGUCGCGGAUCUUCCUGUGUUCGAGCAAACAGCGACGAACGUCACAGCAUUCGUUGGACAAACUGUUUAUCUACCGUGUCGUGUCAGAAACCUGGGUGAUAAAGUGGUGUCAUGGAUGAGGAGUAAAGACCUGCAUAUUCUCACUUCGAGCGAGUUCACGUUCAGCUCGGACUCGAGGUUCACACCUGAACAUGUGCCGGAGAGCGAUGCCUGGACACUGAGGCUCGAGGAGGCCAAGACGACGGAUUCUGGGAGCUACGAGUGCCAGGUCAAUACUGAGCCGAAGAUUAUGUAUAAAGUUGCGCUGACGGUGAGAGAUCCUGAUAAGCCGGAGGGAGACGACGCCCCGUACUCCCAGCAGACGCGAAUAAGCUAUGAGAGUACCGCCCCGGUGGCAGUAAUAAUGGGUCCAAGAGAGCAGCAUGUGCCAUCAGGCUCGACGAUCACCCUUAGGUGUGUCAUAACGUCGCCAUAUCAGACUCGUCCCAUCAGGGGUGUGCAAUGGCUUCGGGACAACAAACUCCUGACAUUCCAGGCGGGCAGAGGUGGUAUUAUCAUUGAAACGGAGAGAGAUGCCGGUCGCACAGUGUCCGAAGCGACAUUGGCAGCAGUGACGAGAGAGGACAUGGGCAAAUACACUUGCCGACCCACUGAGGGACGUGCUGACACAAUUGUCCUCGUGGUAGAGCAAGGCGAGUACACGGAGGCCAUGCAGCGAGAUGCGGAGUACGUUUCGUCGGGAUGUGAAUUGAAUGAAGAGCAUGGUGUACUGCUUCUGUUUGUGGGGAUUAUGACAUUGCGAAAUUUCGGGAAGUAUCUUGCGCCGGGAGGGUUCUCAGUAUUCUUUGGUUAUUGAGGAGGAGUGUGGACUUGGUGAUGAGACAUUUCGCGGGAAGAGUGAUCAGGUUUGAAUUUUUCAACGCACUCGUUGGGAAAUUUAUUAUUACUUCAAGAGAAGAAAAUAUAAUUUCAUUCCAACUGGAGGAAUCGCCAUAAGGAUUUGUGUACAAGAAAUUACUUUGAUUGUUAAUCGCUUUGCUCUAAUAACCACGAUGAAUGUCCAAUAAAAAUUUCAAAUCAGUGUCAUCAUAAUUUAAAUCAA